AUGUCCUACAAACGCCCGCGCGCGACCUCACCCUCUGGGUCUCAAAAGCGCCCUCGAGGUGUAGGCGCAACCCCCAGCACAAUCACGUUGGGCACGGAACUGCCUCCGGACGAGGAUGGCGACGACGGAGCCUUUGUCCCUGUCUGGAAGCAAACCGUGACGGACGAGCGCGGCCGCAGAAGGCUCCACGGCGCAUUCACGGGCGGGUUUAGUGCAGGAUAUUUCAAUACAGUUGGAUCUAAAGAAGGAUGGGCGCCGAAAGCCUUUGUUUCCUCGCGAGCGAACCGCAACAAGGAUACCGCACAACGUGCCGAGGAUUUCAUGGAUGAGGAGGACAAGGCUGAAGCUGCGGAAUCCCGGGAGCUCGAGACGGCGCAAUCCUUUGCGACGAUCGGACGUGUCGGAGACCAUCAAAAUGAUGCUCUUUUCGGCCUCUUCGUGACCGAGGAGGAGACGAUGGGCGUCAAGAUUGCUCAGAAGAUGGGGUGGCGGCGAGAUCAAGGUGUAGGCCGAAAGGUCCGCCGAACGGCACGCUCAGACGAUACCUCGGGGGCAGCAGCCCACAUGUUUGCGCCGAACGACUCUCGCAUGAUGUCUGCUGCUCGGGAAGAGGUCAAUCGCAAGGGUUUGGGGUAUCAGUCAGAGGCGCGUCUCGGAGCGACAGAUGAGAAGGAGCCUAAAGAUCGACCCAUGCUUGCUCUCCCGUUCUUGGAAGAUCGCUCAAAACCGAAAGUGCCUAAGAAGGCCGCGCCGAAGAAGUCAUCCUUCGGAGUCGGCAUUCUAAACGAUACAGGCUCUGACGAUGAAGAUCCGUAUGAGCUCGGCCCAAAGAUCACGUUCAACAAGUCUCUAGGCAAGGACAAGAAACCCAAGAAACCAAGCAAGUUCGCCAAAACAGCUGCAGCCGAAGGCAUCGUUUUCAAACCAAAGAAAACGUCUGGAGAAAUAACUGGAAGCCCACGGUUGUCGCACGAUGGGAAGCCCCCUCUGCCAGGAUUUGUUCUAGCUACACAAGUCAUCGAUUUGACAAGCAAAAAGAGAUAUCCACUACCUAAGAUACCUCCCGGCUGGAAAUCCGCGAAAUCUACCGCCCAGCCGGCAGACUCCCAAAGCUACCAGUCGGUCCCUGAUGCCGCGAAGUCUUCUACCCUAGAUGCGAAAGCUCGAGCAUCACUACUAGGCGAAACGCUUCUUCCUGGAAAAUCCGUUUUUGACUUCAUCCCAAAGGACGUCCGAGACCGACUUGCAACAAUGACUGGCAAAGUCAAUCUUCCGCAGGGGCGAGGCGAAGGUGCUCCCGAGGGAUAUCAAGAUUCCAACAGCACAAAGCCGAAAGACCUGUGGACCUUCGUACCCAUCCUCGACAAGAGCACUGCAGCCGCCGCCCUAGCCAAAGGCGCAACCGGCUGGAUGCCAUACGCAGAAGACCCCAACAAACGCGCCCGCUACGUGAGUUGCCUAGAACUCCGCGCCGGACUCAGACACGACCUCCCAGAGCGCGCCGAAAACAUGUCCGUCUCUGAGUGGGCCAAAGAGCUCCAGGAGUUCGCCCACGCUGCAGAAGUCUUCAAACCGACAACAGGCAUCAUGGCCUCGCGCUUUACGUCCUCAACUUCAACCAGCCUACCAGGCAGCGGAAGUAACACCCCGAACGAAAACCUUCUCUCGAAGCCGACACCCAAGCCGGAAGACCCAGCUGAACAGGCUGCAAAGCUAGGCAUGUACGGCCCUAUGACGCGCACUAGCUUCCCCUUCCAUCCAUCGCGUCUUCUGUGCAAGCGCUUUAACGUGAAGCCUCCCGCCAUGCCUCCCGCCGCUGAUGCAGACGCUGACGGCGCUGGCUUCAAGGGCAAAACAGAGGAAGCCGUGUCGAAGUCUGCUCUAGAUAAGAUGAUGCACGAGGUCUUGAGCAAGGGUGCGCCCGCGCUGCAAAGGCCCGCGUGGAUGGGCGCGGCGCCUCAAGAAACUCUCUCGGGGUCUCCGGUCACUGCGGCGGAGCCGGAUGGAGGCCAUGCGACCGUUGAUGUAGAGAAAAACGAUGCUUUGGUGCAAGAGCGCGCACCGGAAGAUUUGUUCAAGGCUAUCUUUGGUGAGGAUGACGACGAUGAAUGA